AAAUCACAAAACUGCCUAAUGCAUGAAUGCCCAGUGUUUCAGCCUGCAGUGUCUCACCUUAAUAGCUCACUAAAGACGUUUUUUUUUUUAAUUGUGUGUUUUAUUUUUGCUCUGAGCUGCGGGCUCCUGGUGUGAGUGUUUAACCUUCAGUCGUCCUCCGGGAGCCUCUGCCCGUCCUCUGCUGUUUGCACUGAUCUCAUUGAGGCCAGUCUUUCUGCGAUGGCAUCUGAGUCCGGCUGAGGGGGUCACACCCUGUGAUUCCUGCCCUGUGAAGUUUAUUGCCAUGCUUAGAUUUCCCGAUUUGUCCACCUUCUGCAGGCUCUGCUUCCCCUGAUGGUGUGACUUACGCUCAGAUGCUUGAUAAAGACGACGGAGCCGGAUGGAUUUUUGCUAAGAUCUGUCAACAUGAUUGACGCUUGAUUGAGGCCUGACAGUGGUGAUGUCACUGCAAAUGAGUGAGGCUGAUGGAGCAGUGAAGGUGGAGGAGUGGCAGCAGAGCUUCUACACCGCAGACUCAGGCAUUCAGUCUGGAGCCACGACCAUCAGGGAUGAGGACGAGUCUGAGAGCAGGAAGUACAGCGCUGGAGAGAGCAGCGCAGAUAUGGAGGCUCAGUUCAGUCUGACUCGAGCUCAGCGAGUGCGUGCUGCAAUGUUCCCCGAGACCCUGGUGGAGGGAGAGACGGUUCUCACACCGCAGAGCAACCCAGACCAGCCCACUAAUGUGCAGAGACUGGCGGAGCCCUCACAGCUGCUGAAGACUGCUAUUGUCCACCUCAUCAACUACCAGGAUGAUGCAGAGCUGGCCACACGAGCAGUGCCAGAGCUCACUAAACUACUGGCUGAUGAUGACCAGGUGGUGGUGAACAAGGCAGCGCUGAUCGUGAACCAGCUGACACGGAAGGAGGCGUCCCGCCGCGUGCUCAUGCAGUCUCCUCAGAUGGUGUCGGCAGUGGUGAGGGCCAUGCAGAACACUGGAGACCUGGAGACGGCCCGCUGCGCUGCCAGUGUUCUGCACAGCCUCUCACACCAGCGAGAGGGUCUGCUGGCCAUCUUUAAAUCAGGCGGCAUCCCUGCACUCGUGCGCAUGCUCAGUUCACCUAUGGAGUCUGUGCUGUUCUAUGCCAUCACCACGUUACACAACCUGCUACUGCACCAGGAGGGAGCCAAAAUGGCGGUGCGCUUGGCUGAUGGACUUCAAAGGAUGGUUCCCCUUCUGAAAAAGACCAACCCAAAGUUCCUGGCCAUCACAACAGACUGCCUGCAGCUGCUUUCAUAUGGAAAUCAGGAGAGCAAGUUGAUCAUCCUGGCUAAUGGCGGACCAGAAUGUUUGGUAUUCAUUAUGAGAAACUACAACUACGAGAAGCUCCUCUGGACCACCAGUAGAGUCCUGAAGGUGCUUUCUGUCUGUCCAAGCAACAAGCCGGCAAUUGUAGAUUCUGGAGGUAUGCAGGCCCUCGGCCAACAUCUCACAGGUUCGAGUCAGCGGCUAACACAGAACUGCCUGUGGACCCUGAGGAAUCUCUCUGACGCUGCAACCAAGCAGGAAGGUCUGGACGGUCUGCUGCAGAUCUUAGUGAGUCAGCUGGGCUCUGAUGAUGUCAACAUGCUGACCUGCGCCACUGGCAUCCUGUCAAACCUCACCUGCAACAACGCCCGCAACAAGGCCCUGGUCACGCAGAGCGGCGGCGUGGAGGCGCUCAUUCACGCUGUGCUCCGAGCCGGAGAGAAGGAGGAUGUAGCCGAACCCGCAGUCUGUGCCCUGAGACACCUCACCAGCCGCCAUCCUGAUGCUGAGCUGGCCCAGAAUGCAGUGCGGCUGCAUUACGGCAUCCCCGCCAUCACUAAACUCCUGGGUCAGCCGCACUACUGGCCUGUGGUGAAGGCUACAGUGGGUUUGAUCCGUAACCUGGCGCUGUGUCCAGCCAAUCAGGCUCCUCUACGGGAGUCCGGCGCAAUCCCUCGACUAGUCAACCUGCUGCUCAAAGCCCAUCAGGAGACGCAGAGACAUGGAUCAGGAGCCCAGCAGACCUAUCAGGACGGUGUGCGAAUGGAGGAGAUCGUGGAGGGCUGUACAGGAGCUCUGCACAUUCUGGCCAGAGAUCCAAUGAACCGAGGGGAAAUCGCCAGCAUGCAGACCAUUCCUCUGUUUGUGCAACUGCUGUACUCAUACGUGGAGAACAUCAAGCGCGUGUCGGCCGGUGUUUUGUGUGAACUGGCUCUGGAUAAGCAGUCGGCUGAGAUGAUCGAUGCUGAAGGAGCGUCUGCGCCUCUGAUGGAGCUCCUGCACUCCCCGAAUGAGGGCAUUGCUACCUACGCCGCAGCCGUUCUCUUCCGCAUCUCAGAGGACAAGAGUUCUGACUACAGGAAGCGAGUGUCAGUGGAGCUCACUCACUCCCUCUUCAAACACGACCCUGCAGCCUGGGACAUGGCACACGCCGCCAUGCCUCUCGACCCCGGAUACAUACCAGAUGAUCUGGAUGUGGUUUACCCACCAUAUGGUUACUCUGAUUUACCCAUGGACGGCCUCCCGCUGGAAGCUGAGCUUCAUGAGCAAUACAUGCCAGAAAUGGCCUACGACCCUCGACAGGUGUAUCCAAAUCCUCUUUAACAACACUGCCAGCAGUCUUCAGGUGACAUGAAGUGGACGAAGGAGGAAACUACACAACGGUUUGUUCCCUGCGACAGACGCGGAGCAGGGCCUGAACUGUGCAGUGCUCGAAGAAGAAGAAAAACACUCGCUUUAGUUCACCACCGGUCUGUUUGUGACGUGAACUCGAAGCACUGCCUAACUCAUCUUGUUAUCUUGUGCUACUAACAGAGUGACAAAAGCCUAAAAGUGUGGUGAUGCGAUAAAAGCAUGUGAUCAUAACAUGUACAUUUUUUGUACUUUAUAUCGUUUGUCCAAAGAUGUCCAGACAACUCCGUCCUAGAAAUGUAGCGUAGCUAGCUAGCGGCUCGGCCACAUGAGGGUUCGUUUUCCUUUGCGUUCUGUGUAUUUGUGGCUCUGAGGCUUUAGAAAAUAAAUCAACAAAGGCAACAAAACAUGCAUCUGAAAAAAAAACGAAAAUCGUUUGUAUUUUCAUUGUCGCACUAUUUCGAGAAAACAUGUUGUCCUGACUUCCGACAAGUCAACGGCAGGUUUUUUUGUCUUUUUUUUUGUUUUUGUUUGGCAGACUCUUCCCAGCAGGCACAUGAUGUCAACAUGACAUCAG